AUGACUGAGCCCCCAAUAGACGAUUCCAACGCUACUACUGCUUCACCUAUACUCUCCCCUGCUCCCUCGUCUCGCCCAGUUCGACCCACUAGAGAUAUUCCACAGCCUCCGACUGAACUUACUCCUCUUCGCGCACAUUAUCUCAAAAAGUCUCUCGUUCAACUCCAGUUUGCUCGCGAACUUGACCAAAUCUCCUCUUCAGGGCCAUCCGAUGUCUCUACCCUCUCCUAUCUUGGCCCACCCUUCACCCCACCUCCAAAGACCGCUGCCCCUCUCGAUCUCCCCUUUCUUCGCUACAUUUUCCGCCAGUUUGUCCUCACUUUCCCUUUUCUGGCUGCGGCUCCAAAGGACUUUUAUUCUCAAAAGCUUCAACCCUUUGUAGCAGCCGCGUUGGCUCGCAAUCUCUCCCCAUCAUCCGUCCUCGAUGAUGGUCCCGCUGAGCAGGCAACGCGCAAGAGGUUACUCGCAAAGGUGGAGCGGAACCUUUCUCUUUUCGUUGGAGGAGCCACAAAGCUCGUUGAGCAUGAGGACGUUGUCCGAUUAUCUCAAGUCGAUCUUGACCGGCUCGAAAUGUUGGCUCAGAAAAGACAAGCAAAGCUGGCAAAGGCAAGAGACUACUUCGAGGUAAACAUUACCUGCGUCCGGACGGUUGUUGACAAGGGACGCAUGAGGAGUAGAGUGCACGAGGAAUUCAUAGUACGGACUAGACGGUCAAGGUUCCCGGACGUAUUUGUUUCACGACGAUAUGGCGAUUUUAAAACAUUGGCCACAGAACUCGCGAAAGCGCAUCCCGACGAAAGCGUCCGCCCACCUCCACCAAAGGACCGAACAAUGGGCACCGCACCCUCUCAACAGCCCAUGAGUCCCCCUCCGGAGUACGCAUCGCCGAAAUGGAAUGGUGACAGCAUGUCGGACGAGAACCUGGCACCAUCCCGUCUUGCCCGCGAAAAGAAUCGCCUCACGCUUCGAGCGUAUCUCCACUCCCUUCUAUCCUCCGUCGUCAUCUCUUCAUCUCCCGUGCUUCGUUCGUUUCUUCUUUCAAGCCCAACAACUCUAAGUCCAGAGGAGCUCGACGACGCCAAGAGGAGGGAAGAGGCGGAUAGGGUGAGGGAAGAUGGCAGAAAACGAUUCGCCAAAGAGAUAGCUAGCAGGGUGGAGGGUCUACGAGACGCAGUGAAAAGCGUCAAAGGUGACGUCAUGGGAAAGGAUGGACUGACGCGCAUUUUUGGAACAAUCAAGGUGACGCCGAACAUCCGCGAUCUCCCCGCCAACUAUCGAGCCGUUACCGAGUGGGCGAGAAUCUCUCUGGCAUCUACUAUUUUUCAACAGUUUGUGGCUUCCGAUAAUGCCUCGGAGACAUUUACUGGCCUCAAGCGCAUACAUGGGUUAAUGCCGUAUUUUAUGCUCAAGACUGCUCUGAAAAUUAGUAAUCCAAUAAGUAUGAUAAGGACUGUACUGGAUCUUUUCCUCGCCCAGCCAUUUGGAGGGCGGAGUCUACUUCAACGAAUGUUCACGAGUUCUUUGACGGAAGAAGUCAGAGUUUUAGAGGAAGAGAUCGCAGCUGUAAAGGAUAAAGUGGACGACCCCAUCAUGUGUGCCAAGAUCCGCCAAUUUGUAUAUGCACCUCGCGAGAUUCAAGACAUGUUUAAGAUGGAUGCAGCAACGGAAAAGAUGAAUGUCUUGACGGUAGUCCUUCGAUCAGCCGAAGAACCUGUCCUUUCUCGCGUCCAGAUGCACCGCCUCGCUAGGGCGCAUCGAGCACAUGCCGUUUAUCUAAAGCAUAGAGAGUCGCUGGUCGACUCAGACGAUGAUGACGGGCCCCAGGACGAGGACGCUUGGUUACUCGAGGACUUGAAGGUUCUCACGCACUUGUACUCACGGCUUAGGGAUCGCGAGCAACUUAUCGCCUUAAUAUUUGAGGGGUUCACUGCAGAUCUCUUAAAGGACAUUAUAACUAUUUUCUACUCCCCAUUGGCGCAGGUAUAUCGUGCUGCGAGUAUCGCGGAUUCCUUGAACGAUCUGCAAAACUUUGUCAAUGACUUGAUCAAGACGGUUGAACAAGUAGAACAAGCCAGCGAACAAGAUCCACACCGCACAGUGCAAAUAUUUAUUGAUCUGGUUCAACGACAUGAACAAUCGUUUUAUCACUUCGUGCACAAAGUUCACUCCAAGGGGGAAGGGCUUUUUGACGAUCUGAUGCGAUGGGUAGAACUGUUCCUUACCUUGGUCCGCGAAGGCCUCGGAGAACCAAUCAGCCUUGAAUUUCUUCUUCCUCACACGGGCAAAGAGCGUGCCGACAUUUUGGCGGAAGUCGACAAGGUCGCGUUGUAUCACUACAAGCUCAAGGUCAUCUAUGAAGACAAGCUUCGUCGCAGAUUUGGGAGAGCACAAGUCUCAAAUGGUCAAGAGAACGACGCAGACGCAGAAGACGAAGCCACGCAGGCCCUUGUGAACGGGGUUGUCGGGGAAAUCAGCUUUGGGGAACUAGUUCAAGGCGAUGCCAUUGAUUUGGCGGCGGAGGAGACGGAUGAAGAGGAGAGCAGUGACGAAUAUUCAUCAAGCGACUACGAGUCUGGAAGUAGCGACGAGAGUGAGGAGAGCGGUGAAGAGAUCAUUUCUGACAAGAGCAAAACAUCGACGAGAACACAAUCUGUCAGACCGACUCCUCCAUUGCGAUCGAUGACCAUCGCUUCUCCCAUGACUCUUAACCAUGCAGAAACAAUGCCUCCUUCUUCAAAGCCAUCAUCCUUGAAGCACUCCCCACCACCACAACAGCAGCAACGUUCGAAGAAGAAGACACCUGCCGAAACGCUGCAACCUCCUGAGCUAUAUCACAUUCCGCAACUGCUUCCCGUGUUUGUUGAAAUGGUGCGUUUUUGCAUGCUACGUAGGUCUCGCAAUUCUGACGCUCUUUCUAGAUGCGACCUCUGUUGCGGUUGA